AUGCCGCCACUGGUCGUGUCCAAUUCACCCUGUUCUAUUAUUAGAGGGGAGAGUCGAAAAAAGGACAGAUGUUUCAAUGGUAAAUGGCUUACAACUUGGCCUUGGUUGCAGUACCACAGAGGAAAGCAAACUGCAUUUUGUUACAUCUGCUCAUCAAAUCAAAAGGAAGGAGGUCAUGAUCCCAAAGCAACAUUCAUUUAUAAAGAUGAAACAUCAGAUGGAUUUUCGUCAUGGAACAAAGGCCCUGAACGCUUUAACAUGCACCAGUUAUCUGAUUACCAUAGGCAGUGUAAGACAAAUGAGUUGUUAAAAGAAAAGGAAAAGAUACCGCAGCUUCUUAGUGAUGAAGAAUGCAGAAAUAAUAAAUUACGGCAAGAGGGGCUAGAAGCCCAUUUUGGGACCCUAAAAACACUCCUUCGACAAGGUUUAGCCAUUCGACGCCAGGAAGAUAAAGAAAGCAAUGUCUACCAGUUUAAUAAAGAUAAGAGUCAACAUAUUCCUGGGCUAAAAUUAUUAAUGAAAGAGAACAGGUUUUUGUCUCACAGCUUGCUUGCAGAGCAACAGGAAAUGCUUGUACUCGAGGCUAGACGAGCACUAAACAUGGAGCUCCAAUGUGCCAAAUACUAUGUCAUCAUUGUAGAUGAGGCCACAGACAUCUCAAAGUCAGAACACAUGUCCUUAUAA